UAUAUAUAGUACAUAUUCACACAUUGUUAUAAUCAAUUCAUUAUAACCAAUAAGUGUCCGGAGACUUAAGAAAUAAACUAUCAUCUCUCUCUAAGAAAUGGCAGCCACUUCAUUGGUCUCAACAAUCUCAAGAAGGUUGGAAGGUAAGGUAGCUUUGAUCACCGGAGGAGCCAGUGGGAUAGGCCGAAGAACUGCCGAAAUCUUCGCCCAACAUGGAGCCAAAUUAGUCAUAGCCGAUGUCCAAGACGAGCUUGGCCACUCCGUAUCCCAAUCUAUAUCAUCAUCAGGUGCCAAAAACGACGUCACUUAUGUCCACUGCGACGUAACAGACGAAAACCAAGUCAAAGCUGCGGUGGAAAAAGCCGUAAAAUCGUUCGGAAAGUUAGACAUAAUGUUCAACAACGCCGCCACAACUGGCGACAGCAAACUCCGACUCGUCGACAGCGACAAGGACGAUUUUGAGCGCAUCUUGCGAGUGAACAUCACAGGCGUCUUUCUCGGCAUCAAACACGCUGCCCAAGCCAUGAUCUCUGGCGGCAGCAUCAUAUCGACAGCUAGUAUUAGCGCGAGCUUGGGCGGCACAAGCUCGUACGCCUACACUUGCUCGAAAAGUGCAGUGUUGGGGCUGACGAGGAACGCCGCUGUGGAGUUGGGACAGUUUGGAAUAAGAGUCAACUGUGUGUCGCCGUUCGCAGUUGCAACGCCGAUGGUCAAGGAGUUCACUGGGCUUGGUGAGGAGGAGGUUGAGAGUUUGUCCGACGAGAUGGCUAACUUAAAGCAUGUGACGCUUAAGGCAGAUGAUAUUGCAAGUGCAGCUCUAUUUUUGGCUAGUGACGAUGGUCGAUACGUGAGUGGACAUAACCUGGUCGUUGAUGGAGGUUUCACUAUUGUUAAUCCUUAUAGUUCAAUGAUUCAACCUAAAAUUUAAUCACUCUGAAAUCAUUACUAUUAUUAAUUAUAUAUGUUAUGCUUAUGUGAUGAUUCAAUAAAUAUAUAUAAACGCUUUUCAAUGUUGUUUGAAAA